CGAAACAGGAAAACGAGUAGGGGGGGAUAGGAAUAAAUUUUAGUAUUUGUGUGUGUGUGUGUGUGUGUGUGUGGUGUGUGUGCAAUUCAAAGAAAUUAAUGGCCAUGAGUUCGUUUUUGAUCAACUCCAACUAUGUGGAUCCCAAGUUCCCACCCUGCGAAGAAUAUUCUCAGAAUGAUUACCUUCCCAAUCACUCUCCGGGAUAUUACAGCAGCCAGAGGCGAGAGACCACUUUCCAACAUGAGGCGAUGUACCAGCCACGGUCAGCCUGCAACGAGCCGCCCUACCCAGCUUGUCAGGGCUCCGGCCACCAGCCAGCGGUGCUAUCCCCAAGGGGUCACGUUCAUCCUUCUGCCGGACUUCAGAGCCACCUCUCAGAGGCAAAUCACCACUGUGAGUCGGUCACCCCCAGCCCUCCUCCACCCUCCUGUAGCCAAAACUCUAUGAACCAAAGCCCAUCUCAUUCUUCUUGCAAAGAGCCAGUAGUUUAUCCCUGGAUGAAAAAAGUCCAUGUAAGCACGGUAAACCCCAGUUGCACAGGAGGGGAACCGAAGCGCUCCCGGACAGCUUAUACCAGGCAGCAAGUCCUGGAACUGGAGAAAGAAUUCCACUAUAAUCGCUAUCUCACGCGGAGGCGCAGAGUAGAAAUUGCCCAUUCUCUUUGCCUGUCCGAGCGCCAGAUCAAAAUAUGGUUCCAGAACAGGAGGAUGAAAUGGAAAAAAGAUCAUAAAUUACCCAAUACCAAGAUCAGGUCUAAUUCUUCCAACUCUUCUGCAAGCCUGCAGAUACAAGGAGGGUCUCAGAACCGAGCCAAUGCACCAGCCACUGGCCUAUAACUGUUUCUUGUGUGUGUGUGUGUGUGUGUGUGUGUGUGUGUGUGUGUGAGAGAGAGAGAGAGAGAGAGAGAGAGAGAGAGAGAGAGAGAGAGAGAGAGAGUGUAGGAGACACAUGAUAAUUUUUUUAUGUUCCAAGGGGCGUAACGGGGGCAUACUCUUUAUUUAUAGAAAAGGAGGGAAACUCAGCUACAAAACAAACAAACAAACAAACAACAGAGAUGUGCUUUUGUGCUCCCUCCCAUUAAAAGAAGGCUGUGGAUAGUAGUUUUCAAAUUUGGCUAAGAUGAAUCCUUGUUUCAUCUUUAAUCACGCCAAACUCUGCCCCAUUUGUCAUGUUUACUCUCCCGUACAAAGGAUGGACCUUAUGCUUGCUAUUACCUCGACAACCAGUGUUCACUUUAAUAAAUGAGGCUCAGUUUCUUCAAGAGGAACUGAAUUUUCUUUUCUUUUCUUUUCUUUUGCUGCCUACCAGCCCCAAAGCGAAAGUUUCUGUUCAGAUCCCCAAGGGCAUAGCAAUUCUGGCAACGGUAACACAGCCCUACAGACCAAAAACAAACAAACAAACAACAACAACCCCAACUCCAUGCGGUAUGAGGACGGGGGGGACUGAAUAGAUGUUGAGUAUCGUAACGAUCAGGGUCAUAUAGCUGGAGAACGAAGAGAUUGGCACAAUUUAAAACAAACCGAGUGAAAUUUGGGGUGGGGCUGGGGCUGGGAAGGAGACCAACAUAAUGGAGACUUAUGUAAGAAACCCCCUGCCACUUUUGAGUCCAGCAGGUUAAUUACCUCACUUGUAAAUCUUGGGGGGGGGGGGCAACGUAUUUAGUUUAGAAACUUGAUGAUCAAGUAAUGCCACCUGAAUUUAAACGUUCGUCAAAAGGGGUGUGGGAAGGGAGGGCUCUUUGUAAAAAGGAUGCUUCUCCACUAAGAUUCAGUCCAUUUUUGUACUGAGAAUGUGUAUAAAAAAUGGAAGCUGGGGAUCCCCUUCUUUCUUGAUGGAAAAGGGGUUAUGAACUUCGAACAGAUUUAUUUUUUUCUUUCCAUGUUCUAUAGUACUUGACAUUCCGAGCUGAUGUGAUUUCAAAGAACUUUUGGGAUCUUCGUUUCCCCCUUCCAGUUGUUCAUUUGAAUUACCUCCUAUUGUUCUUUGUGAUAUUCAUGAUAACUUGUACAUAGCAGAACGAAAGCAAGUAGAAAUAAAAUUUUCGUUGUGACUAUAACCCGUGUGUGUUUAAAAAAAUAAGGUUUUUUUUUUAAUUUAAAAUGUUUGUUAGUUUUAUAAGGAUUUCUGUCAAUUGCACCUCGCUAAUGAAAACAAAAUGUGUUUGACUAUAGGGUAUCUCAGUCUUAAGUACUGCUAAGCCUUACAUAUUGUGAUUUAUUUAUUCUAUGCACAUAUUAAUAUGGUUGUAUGAUAUGUUCACAAACUGGUUUCAACUGUGUUGGGUCAUUAAAGCGCUACAUUGUAUUAAGGAAUUAAAGCAGCUGUGUAUUCCUCAGGAGAGGCUACUUCAUUUUAAAAAAAUCUCCUUCUCCAAGGUAUUUAAUGCAUUAAUGAGUAUAAUUUUUGCACAGAUGUUUCUCGGUGUUUGCAGGUUUUCUGUGUAUUUUUAUAUUACAAAGGAGCUGGCUACUGCAAUAGCUCAAACCCUGACAAGCAAAUAGAUAAUCAAGAAGACAAAUGGCUUCUUUUGUGAGCCACAGCUCUUGUAUUAAUUUUCAUUUUCUUGCUCAUAGAAAGUAUCGAAAAUACUGUUCAGGGCGAAAUAACAUUCCAGUUCUAAGUUACAUUUAAAAAAAAAAGAAGAAGAAGAAGAAGAAGAAGAAAGGGGUGGGGUGUGCUUGUGGGAAGGAGGCCUCUAGACCAUACAAAGAAAAUCAUAAUUUUCUGAAUCAUUCCCAAUAAGAAAAUGGUUUUCGCUUAUUUAUGAGAUUUUAUGAAUUUGUCUCGGCCUCUAAGUCAUGAUUAAAAUACCCCACCACGUUAUUAAGAACAAAGACCUGGCUUGGGAUAUUUAAAGUGGUAGAAUGGCUAUUUCUGUUCUUAGGGUACUCAGCAAUUUAACUCAGACCUUGCAAACAAACUGCCUUCAAAAGUUGUUCCUUCCUCCCACACCUCAAUAAAUCGCCCAUUACGUCUUUUACUCUGUUGACUUUGUAACAGUUUGUAAGAAAUAUGUAUAUGGUCAUGUGACACAGAGCCGCUGCACGUCUUGUGUUGGAAAAACGGAGUUGUGUAUGUAUUUGAUUAACUUUUGCCCCUUUAAAGGCAAAAAGAGCAAACCUUCCGAGUUUUUAUUUCGAUGAGGGGUGGUCGGGACUGCACUUAUUUUGAUGGCUGAUUCCCCCCCCCCCCUUUGAUCUGCUUCCUAUGUAAAGGCGAUGCAAUUUUCAGAUAGAGGCUAUGCUCUUAAGGGUACCAAAACAGUUCUUAAAAAGCAUAUGUUGUUAGGAAUGCAACUUCUAUAGAACUAAAUCAAAGCUGGAAAGUAUGAAUAGAAUUGAAGGGGGAGAAAAGAAGAUUUCUAUAGGACCUAAAAGUUCACAGCCAUUAUAAGCAGACAGAAGCCAAGAAAAAUGCGAGAAUUAUACAGAAAAUCAUUAAUCACUUCUUUUCUUUAAAUACUUAUCCUUUCCCC